CUCCUUUAUUUAGAAUUGAUAAUUCAAUAAAUCUAAAUUGAGCUAUAAUUUUGUUGCUGUUUUUACCCGUGUAGUUGGUAUUAUUAGAAACAACGUUAGAGUCCUUGUCUCGUCAGAAAUCUCAUUAGAAACUAUAUUAUAUUACUUUGUUGAAUCAACUCGGUUAUUUUACGUAAUUUACUAUUCUAUAUUUCUUUUCGAGAAAAUAUCAGAAUAUCUCGCUACUGGAAACGGCACGAAUGUAUAUCGUGAGGAACGGAAAAUUAAAAUCCGAUAAGUUCUAAAUUCAAUGCUAGAAAUCCGUUAUUGUCGAUCCACUAUUCGCUAAUCCAUCGGAUGAACUGUGCGAUUGAAUACUCUGUAGAGAACAAACGUGAAGAACGUUGAUUAAAGAAACCGAUCUCUCGACAAUUUUAAUUUUUCAAUUGUGGAAACGUUAUUCAUAAAUACAUGUCAAUUUCCGGCGUUACUCAUUUUUAUGUGAAUCGAUCUAUCGAUACGCAGUCUAAAUUUUUUAACGUGUAUCACACUCGUUCGGGCAUUACGGAACGCGCUUAACAAGAAUGCCGGUAACGAAUCAAGAAACGUUACGAUCAAGAGCGUAUCAUCGAUCGCAAUAAUCCCUCUUGAAUGAAAGAAACGCUCUGCAUGCCAUCAUAUCAAUUUAUCGAUGUCGUCUCGAUAUUAGUCCUCUCGCUCGCGUCGCGCCUCGCCUGUGUGCACCGUAGAACGAGAGAGUACCGAGUGGCAGGUAGCGAGUGCAACGAAUACCACCGUCGGCCGAUUCACCUGGCGCAAGCGCGUCGCACUCGCCUCGCACCCACCCUCUACGCCCCCGCGCCACCCCUGUCCCCGAGGGAGAGCCGACGGAGACGGCGGACUCGUUCGACGAAGACGAGUCGAGUUUCGGGUGCGGGGUCGACUGACAGCCAAACCGUGCUUCAGUCGGCCGGCGAACUCGCGUGCCGAGCCUUCGCGCGUCCGCUUCGACGUUCCUCCCUCUUUCUCUCUCUCUUCUCCUGUCUCUCUUUUUCUCGUCGCCCGCCCUUCGGUGCAUCCGGAGCGUGUUCGCGGUAUACCGGCGCGUACCGAACGUGCCGGACGUUUCGCGUCCCGAUCGGUCGUCGCGCGGUUCGUUCGACGUCUCGCCAACCGGGAAGUUCGUCCCUCGAGGAAUGAAGAAGCCUCCGGGUGCCCCGUCUUGAGGUGGAUCGUGGAUAUUGACGGCGAGCGAGCGCCGUUCGCUGGAAUAAGGAUGUUUCUCCGCCGCGAUGUCGAGCGUCCUAUGGAGCCAUUCUCGCGGACGAUGACCUGACUCGGGAACUCGUCGGGUGAAUAGUGCACGAAGUGGGAUUCGAGGAAGUGAUUGUGCAGUGCGCGCGCGAUGUUCAGGUCGUCGUACGGUGCUCGAAAAUAUCUCCGGCCGGUGGACGUAGUCGAUUGAACGUCGGCGGCGAACGUAAAUGUUUCCGCGAGGCUCUACUAAAUUACUCCGAACGACAACGUGAAUAGUACUGGAAUCGUGCAUUGAUGCACCGCCGAGACUCGUCGGGUAUCGAAAUAGUAAAAAAUUUCCCCUAUAUCUCGAGUGGCAUCCAAUCGACGAAAGUAACGUAUCGACUAAAAGCCGAAGAAGUAUUAUGAAAGAUUAGGACAUUGCAAUUCAGGGUUUACCCGAAAGCGGAUAAUUGGCAAACUUUUGCGGAGAACAUAUCGGCGAUCCGAGAGGGAUAGAAAAAAAAUUGCUCAUCACGAUCUAUCACUUGCUCCGUCACGUACGAGAUUAAGCAAGCUCCCGGUCAGCAAGUCCAGGACGCGGGUACGUGACGAGUCAUCCGUGAAAACAUAUCAGUGAAAUAUCAGUGAGGUGGUGCAUCACGAUCCACCGAGAUUCGUCACGUAUCAUAUUGGUAAUAUUCUUGGCAAAAGCUUCCGCGCUUCCGGUGAAGCCGUUCGACAAGCGUGUCGUUAAUUCGAGUAACCCCGGCGUGAUCACGGAAGAUCUAAGAGGUGAGCGGAGAGAGAUCGGCGAGAACGUGCGUGACAAAAUCGUUCAGCGACAUAUCCGUGAGUCGUUCUUCCUCUUUACAAGCGGGCAACAUAUCAUCUUCGUCACGAGAAAUGUAAUAUAGUGCCACGCGCGAGUUCUCGUGAGCUUUACGAGCGCGUGGGAUCGAUAGUCGCCCGCGAUAGCCAUCGUUUUCCCGACCGCCUGCAUUGUUUCGCUGGCUGGGGAAAAAAAAUAUGCCAUCUCCCGGUACGAGUGUACGACGCUGUGACACGGCGGCCUGUGCAGCAGCAGCAAGUAGUAGAAGCGAGCAUUAGUUCGCCCGAUCCGACGUGCGACUCGAUGCGACGAUCGGACGAACGUCGCGGACAGGACUCGCAGUUUUGUUAAUGGUGUACAAGUUAAUGGCAUACGUUCGAAAGGAUUUCUUUUUGCACGUUGCAAAGGACCAGUAUUGAUUGGAAUUCAAUCUUUGCCACGGUGUAGUGCGGGUGAAACGUUCGACUGAAUGAGAAUGCGAGGAUCGAAGCUCGUUAAUUAAAGGUCGACGGGAGUCGAGAAGAGAAGCGCGAACCACCAGGUGUAGUUGUAUUCACUAACCCCGCGAAGAAUCCGCUACUAACACAAAAAUGCACUCCUAACUAACCUACGCGACGGACUCCGAUCACCGCUGUCAUCGACGGCGGAUCAUCUCGCGGAACGAUCAUGCGAAUCCCCGAAAAUGCGCAGGACCAGCAGCAACGGCCUCAAGCUCGACCUGACGGAGAACACGCCAGGUAGCUCGUUGUCGCGGCUGCCGAAUCUGGUCGAGCAUGCGGAGGCAUUGUCCGCCGGAACCGGUGAGAAUUUGAGUAGCAAAUUGCCUAACGUGGUCGAGGGCUCGAUGGACUAUGGUAACGAGCGAAGGUCCUCCCGUUACCUGGAGUACCAAGAGAUCAAGUCCUACCAGGACCCCCAGUCAUCCGCCUCGGCGGCGCCAGUCUACGAAGGGGCCUACCACGAUCAGUCGAGAGGAUACCGAAAUUAUGAUCGUAAGGCAGGCGUUGGCUUCGAUCGGGAGAAUCUCGAGAGAUAUGACAAUAGGAUCUACCCGGAGGAUGGGCUAAGAUAUGGCACCGAUCGUCGCGUGGAACGCACCUAUCAGGAAUCAGACCUGGAUGCGCCUUACGAUCGAAACGAUGCGCAAAAGCUUAGCAGGGCUUAUCCGGAGCUCCGGGAUCCCAGCAGGCGGUACUCGCGCGACUUGACUGACUAUGAAUACGCGUCGCGCUACGCCGAGGAGACGUUGAAGUUGGAGCCCAAAAAGGACCACCAUCACCAUCAUCCGGGUAAGAUCUACGAACCAGCCUCCUCCAAAGGUUACGAAUCGGGCGUAAAGACUCACGAUUCCGCUUACGAUUUGGGCACCUGCGCCGGACAACAGGAGCCACCAGCUAGACAGUAUGAGAGCAAAUAUCACUCGGUCAGCAAGAUGUAUGGCACUCUACCCAGGUAUGAGAGUAGCAAGUCCUACGAGCCGACCUACGAGUCCAGACCCACCUUUGAGCCCAAAUACGACGAGCAGUCGUACGAGUGCGGCGGUAAGAGCUACGAGUCCAAGUACGAGCUGACGAGCUCGAAGAGCUAUGAGAGGGGCAAAUAUGAAAGCACCUCAGCGUCCAGAUACCAAGACAAGUCGUACGAUCAGACCUUGAAAAUCGGUGAGCUGGGCUCGUCCUCUUCCGGCGCGUAUGUCAGAAAGCACCAGGAUCAGGAAGAGACUGGCGCCGAGAAGAUGAACGGAUACAGGAAGAAUAAUUUUGAGGCUUACGGGGUUUAUUCGGAUCCCGAGGAUGAUCAUGGCUUCUUGGCGGACAAGAAAGGACCCCAAUACACUUACAAGGGCGUCGUGGUGAAUGUUAGCGGGGAGUCUGCUGUGGUCGAUCAGAAACGUUCUAAGGACAGCAGGCAGACCGAGGUAAUCAGAAGCCCUUGGUGCAGGCCAACGAUACUACUCCUCCUGUUGGUGCUUCUGGUCGUCAUCUUUGUCUUCGUCGCUGGAAUACUGUUGUACUUUAAUUACAUGUCCUACAAGCCGCGCCAUCCCAUUAUCGAGGGUAAGGAUCUAAAUUUCGCCAGUAAUAACGCGGAACCCUGCGAGAAGACCUAUUGCGCCUGGGGCGCGACGUGCAUCGUUGAGAACGGCAAGGGUCUGUGUCAAUGCCCCACGAAUUGUCCCGUGACUUCCAAUCCCGUCUGCGGCUCCGACGACGUGACCUACACGACCCAUUGUCACCUGCAGCAGACCAGCUGCCAAACUAGGAGGACCAUCAGGGUGAAGCAUCAAGGCGCGUGCGAAAUCAAGGAUCCCUGCGACAAGCUCAACUGCUCGCAAGGUUCGCAAUGUGUGCGAAGCAGGGACGGCAAGGAGGCGAGCUGCAAAUGCUUGCAAUUCUGCCCAAAUUUAGGGGAUCACGAGGGAUCGGGACCUGUCUGUGGUUCGGACGGGAUCGACUAUCCGACGCUGUGCGACCUAAAUCGAGCCGCAUGCGAGAAUCGUACUAACAUCACCGUGGCAUUUCGUGGCAAGUGCGACCCAUGCGGAACCGUCGAGUGCUUGGAACCGGAAAUCUGUCAGCUGGACGGUUCGAGGCAACCGGCCUGUCGCUGCGGGGAACAAUGUGGCGUCGAACUCUCACCGGUUUGCGGAAGCGACGGCAAGACGUAUUCGAACGAGUGCAACCUCCGGCAGGAAGCCUGCCGCUCAAGAUUACCGCUCAAGAAAAUGUACAACGGCGCCUGCAGCUCCGUCGUACGACCGUUCAAUUUUGUAGAACAAAAUCCCUGCGAAGCGGCGAAGUGCAGUUUCUACGAGCAGUGUGCAAUCAAUCGGCAAGGGAUCGCUACAUGCGAGUGUCGUCCCGAGUGCGAGCCAGUAAUGAGACCCGUGUGCGCCCGCGGCGGAACAACCUACACGUCCAUGUGCGAGCUGAAGAGGCAGGCGUGUCUGACGAAGACCAACAUCGAGGUCGCCUACGUCGGCAUAUGCGGCUCCAGAGGACCCUGCUCUGAGAAGGUGUGUCAAUGGGGAGCAAUUUGCGCGGAGAUCAGCGGCAGUGCUGUGUGCGAAUGUCCGACUUGUCCAGCGGAAUUUCAACCCGUAUGCGGCGAUGAUGGCAUCAGCUACAGCAACGAGUGCAAGCUUCGCUUGGAGGCAUGUCAGCAUCGACGGGAGAUACGCGUUCUGUAUCAAGGAUUGUGCAAUGGCUGCGAGAACAAGUUGUGCGAAUUCUACAGCGAAUGCGAAAGCGAUAACGGAGAAGCCAAGUGCGUCUGUCCUUCAAAGUGCGAGACUUUGGUGAAGGAACCUCCGGGGGCGGAAAAAGUUUGUGGAUCUGACGGAGUGACGUACGAUAACGAAUGUGUUUUGAAAAUGGCGUCGUGCACGAGCCAGACCCUCAUCAACGUUUCCUACACGGGUGCCUGUGAAAUGUGCGCGAGGGUGAAAUGCGAUCACGGGGCGCAUUGCGUGGCGGGUGUGUGCGUGUGUCCGAAGGUCUGUCCGGAGAGCAGCGGCGAGCUUGUUUGCGGUAGCGACGCGAAAACUUACCAGUCCGAGUGCGAGCUGCAGCGGGCGGCCUGCGGCAGGGACCCCAAGUUGCCGGCGUUGCACGUCAUAUUUUAUGGAGACUGCACCGAGAGAUUGGCCGCGGCGGCGUUAACGACCAAGUCGACACCCGCGGUGACUCGUGUGGUCACCACCAUCGCAGACGUGACUAGCACGCAGGAGCGCGAGGCGUGCAAGGAUAUUCACUGCGACUUCGAGGCGACCUGCGAGCUCGGCCCGGACAAAUUUCCCAGGUGCAGCUGCAGGUUCGAUUGCGCCUCCAUCUCGCAGGAGAACAUGCGGCCCGUCUGCGGUAGCGACCUCAGAAUCUACUCCUCCCUCUGCGCCAUGAAAAUGGAGGCUUGCCAGAGGCAGCAAGAGCUCAGGCUGCGACCCCUCGAUCUUUGCCAAGGCAUGGAAGUUAAGCCUUGCAACGGCGAUCCUCCACUGGUGGACUCCGAGGGCAAAGAGUACGACUGCGGUAGUGGACCAGAACGCAAAGACUGUCCUAGUAAUAGUUAUUGCCAUCAGACAACGCGAUUUGCUCGUUGUUGCAAGAAAGUUCACGGUAUUCAGGUGGUAAAGUGCGCGGAUUCGUGGCACGGCUGUUGUCCGGAUGGGAAAACCGCCGCGCUCGGCCCAGACGGCGCGGGCUGUCCGAGUUUAUGCGGCUGCAAUCGGCUUGGCAGCGUGUCCGACACCUGCAAUCCGGAAACCGGUCAAUGCGAGUGUAAGCCGGGUGUGGGCGGUCUCAAAUGCGAUAGGUGUAUGCCGGGUUACUGGGGGCUGCCGAAGAUAAGCGAGGGUCAUCAGGGAUGCAUACCAUGCGGCUGUUCGCUGUUUGGUUCCGUCAGAGAGGACUGCGAGCAGAUGACAGGACGUUGCGUCUGCAAGCCUGACAUUCAGGGCCAGAAGUGCACAAUCUGCAACGACCACAACAAGAUACUCACAACCACUGGCUGUUACUCAGCGGACAUGAUACCGCCCAUACCGACAAGCUGCAACGAGCUGGAGUGCUACUCGGGCGGCCACUGCACCGAAAUCGGCGGCGUGCAUUGCGUCUGUCCGUCCGCGUGCCCGGAGGACGUGCCGUCCGUACCGGUGUGCGGCAGUGACGGGCAGACCUACGACAACGAGUGCGAGCUGCGGCUCUACGCGUGCGGCCACCAGGCCGACGUGGUCACGCAGGCCUUCGGCCACUGCAGAGACGAUCCCAUGGUUAAUACGGACUUCCCCGUUAAGAGAUAUACAGCUGUACAGUACACUCAACCAGCGGCCGCCAUUUCUCCAUUGUCCAAAUCCACGCGGCAUCUCUUGGUACCGGAGCCGGACCCAAGAUAUUAUUACACCCACCGAGCUCAUCAAGAAACCAUCACCAUCGACAGAGAUAACUUGAAACACGGAGUGGCUGCAGUGUAUCGACCGACACCGGCGACAAUUCGAGUGGUCACCGCUCUACUAGGUGAUCUCUGCACCGAUGAUAAGGAUUGCACCAUACCGAACAGCGAAUGCUCCAAGGGCGGCUGCAUCUGUUCCGAGGGCUACGCGGAAACCAGCGAUCGGCAGGAAUGCUUCGCUAAUUACGUUCCGGUGACGCCGACUCAGGAAUUUCGCGCGUGUCUCUCUUAUCCCUGCCACAUGACCUCGACCUGCAUCGACUUACCCAGCGCAACUUUCGUCUGUAUCUGCCGACCAAAUUACACCGGGCUGCUAUGCGACGUAGAGAUCAAGAAGCGAGAUUACGAGAUACCUUCCUUUGACGGCAAAAGCUACGUCAGGAUGAAGCGACUGAAAGCGUAUCACAAAUUCAGCAUCGAGGUUGAGUUCAAAACAUAUGCGGACAAUGGAAUCAUACUGUACAAUCAGCAGAAAAACGAUGGCACCGGCGACUUUGUCUCGCUGGCCAUUGUCGACGGGUAUGUGCAAUUCAGAUAUAACUUGGGAAACGGACCUGUAGUGCUCACGUCAUCGGAAAGGGUGACCAUGAAGACCUUCCAUAGAGUAGCGGCUAAAAGAUAUCACAAGGACGGAGUGUUGAUUUUUAACGACGGCGAAGACGUAGCCGGACAAAGUCAGGGAAUGCUGAAGUCUUUGGACCUGAAUCAAGACACCUUCAUCGGAAACAUGCCGACUAAUUACUCUAAGGUCUAUGACAACAUCGGCACCAACCAUGGCCUUCUCGGUUGCAUUCGCAAACUGAAAAUUAAUCGAAACAACAUAGAUCUCCAUGUGGGUCGUGACAAUAGCGACGUACUCGAGAGUUAUCGGGUGAAGGAAUGCGGCGACAAUGCGUGCGCCAAUCUGCCCUGUCAGAACGGCGCGACGUGUCAACCGAUCUUCGAGGAGGAUCUAUGCAACAGCCGGGAUUGCAGGAGAUUACAGAAGAGGGGUAAGAGCAGAAACAACAGAGGUGGUAAUGGCAAAAGUGUUGGGGUGAAUAUAGUCAGGUGCAGAGGUUCCCACUGCACGUCCAUCGACCAGAGAAGAACCAAGAAGAAUGCGAGGAAAAGUGAUUACGAUUCCGAGCUGCAAUAUGAGAAAAAUUACGAUCACGGAAAUUACGCGGUAGAGAAGUACGAACAGUCAGAUUACAAGUGCAUAUGCCCGCCGCAGUUCACCGGCAGAAAUUGCGAGGAAUCUUUGGAUCCGUGCAUUGGCGAGCCCUGUCAGAACGGUGCCACCUGCGACAUCUUGCCGCAGGGAGGAUACGUGUGCAAGUGUCCUCCCGGUAGGGCCGGCGAGCACUGCGAAAUCCUGGACGCUGACCUAACGGAAUUGCUAAUUCCCGAAAUGAACGGGAACGGAUAUUUGGAGCUGCCUUGUCUGGAGGGUGUCGCAAAAGCGUUCUCCAUUGAAUUAUGGUUUCUCACGCACGCGAACGACGGUCUCCUGCUUUACAAUGGCCAAUUGAAUAACGGCAGGGGCGACUUCAUUAGUCUGAAUCUGGUUCAUGGCAGGCUGGAGUUCAGAUUCAAUCUCGGUAGCGGUAUUGCGAACAUCACGUCGCCGGAUCCGGUCAGUCGGGAUAUGUGGCACUGCGUGAGGAUCAACAGACUCGGCAGAGAGGGUGCUCUUCAGCUCGAUGACGGAACCGUCGCCAGAGGAUUGUCUGGAAGUCCUCUCACGGAAUUGAAUCUGGAAAUGCCGCUUUACGUUGGUGGCGUCAAACACUGGCGAGAAGUUCAUCGCUUGUCCGGAGCCUGGACCGGAUUAGUAGGCGCCGUGCAGAGGCUAAUGGUAAAUGGCAAAACAUAUCAGAAUCUCGCCGUGAAUGUUACUCAACACAAUACGGAAAUUUACGACGGUCUACCAUGUCCCAGUAACGAGAACCCUUGCCACAACGGCGGGGUCUGCCUACCGCUCCUGAACAGUUACCUCUGCAAAUGCGCUAGUGGUUACAAUGGCUUACAUUGCGAAUUCUUUACGGGCUACGAUGUGUCCGGUACCGAGAUAUCGGAGCGGCCUGUACGCUUUGAGGGCGAUAACUUCCUGCAGUUCAAACAUCGCUUUGGAAGAAGUACUAACUCGACUAACACUACCCUCGGCGAGUACUUUGAGGAGUCCUAUUCCGACUACGAUUUGGAGGAGGACGUCGACUACGAGUACGACAGUUAUGAUUAUACGGAACGCAGAGGACAGCAAUCGAACAAGUUUGAGCUACGGCUAAGGACGGUACAUCCCGAAGGUCUUAUCGCGUGGGUGGGAAGAGGAAAGAUGGAGCACCUCUUUUUGUCUCUGCACGACGGUCACGUGGUACUCACUUAUAAGAGCAAGAUUGAUGAAGAGAUAUCCGUGAAGAGCAAGGAGAGAGUAGAUGAUGGAGUCUUCCAUCACAUCCGAGCGUCCCGACGACGAAAGGCAUGUACGAUCCAGAUCGACGAGAACGCGCCCGUCAAGGUCUCGAUGGAAACAACGUUAUUGACGACCAACGGUAAGAUCUUCGUCGGCGGCAAGCCCAGUCAUCGCGGCAUCAAGGGCUGCGUGACGGACUUCAUCGUCGACAAGCGACGGCUGCAGCUCGCCAGACGGAAGAUCGACUUCUGCCACGACAACGAUGUAUGAUAACGAACCCCGAAUCCGACGAUCGUCAACGCGACGUCGAUAUCAGAGAACCUCAUCGACCCGAUGAUGUCGCCGUCGUCGGCGACGACGACAAGUUGAUCACGCGAUACGAACGCGAAUCUGAAUCGCAUGCGGCGGACCAAGAUCGACGAUCGCCUAAAUAUCUACAACGACAAGUACGAUAACGUAUCCUGACGAUCGUCAACCUCACCCCACGCCGUUGGAGACUCGAAAGACGUCUCUGGUGUUCCCAAGUGAAUUAACAGACUAAACGCAAAGUGCAACGAAGUUCGCCGUCGAGACAAAGUGUGAAAGAAUCGUGUCCAACCCGACCGAGCGACGUGUUGAUUCCUGCCAAAGUUGUGCGAAGAGAUGGUCCUCGUUCACGCGAGUGGGUUCUUGGCGUCUCAUGGAAAGGCAAAGCUGUAUCCCCAUGGUAUCAUAUUCCCGAGAAGAACGAAGUUCUUAUACAACUACAGAUAAAACCAUCGGAAAUUCCACUCAGAGAAAAAAAAUUUGAUGUCGUGUUGCUUAUAAGAUGACUGUCGCAACAGGACCAGAAAUGUUUUUUUCUGUUUUUCCUGUCUUUCCUGAAAACUUUUAUUCUCAAAAGUCAUUAGUGGUAUUUUUGUGAGAACAAAAAUUAAACCCGAGAUAGGACCAGGACCUUCUUAGACAGCACCCAUGUCUCUCCGAAACAGUGAAGAUAAGAAAUUCAGGUUUGUAAUCGGUAAUAGUGUCGUUUGAAGCUUAAACGUCCGAAUGAGGCCGGAGCCAGAACGAGAACCAAAGUACUUUCACUUUAGAACGCAGGAUCGUCCGCUUGAGACGAUUACACUGCUGAAGUCAGAGAACCGUGACUCUAUCGCAUGUGAAAGGUGCGGGCACUAUUAAGAGUUCAUCGGCGUGUUAUAGAAACUUGGCGAAUACUGCUUUCUCAUAGAGCCAUCCAAUAAAUAAGUAAUAAGGGAUAAGGAGAAAAGUACUCAAAGAGAGAGUUGUAGUAGCAGCGUUUGACCGUUCGCUAUUCGCGGCCGACCACGUCGAGGUUUAAGUAUAAGAAGCUAGUCGCAGGGGUCGAUCGCCACGCGAUUAUUUCACGCGUUUAUAUUCAGAUACCAGAGCUCGUCGUCGAGAUCACCAUCGCGUUAACAGAUGAAAGAAGAGACGGAGGAGGGGGAGAAACUGGAGCAAAUUAAGUGCUACGUUUUCAUCGAAAGACAAUAAUAUAUUUUUAAGAUGAUGAGAUUAAUAUACAUAUUGAUACAUAUGUAUGUGUAUGUAUGAAUCUAUCUGUAUACGCAUGUGGCGAACGCGCGCGAGCGGCGUUUAGCGGAUUUUAGCGAAAGAGGAAGAAGAGCGGGGUCCGCUCAAAGCGGGCCCCGUUGUAGAAUCUGUACUUAUAAGUUGUACUGAUGCACACACUUAAACGUUUUACGAUGCCAAGACUGACUAAAAAGCGCACGCAGGCGGCGAGAAACGACGAGAUGACGACACGAAGUAGCGAAGGGGGAGGGAAAAAGAAAAACGAGGAAAGAAUUGAUAAAUCGGUGUUAUGUUUGAGUGUUCGGUAGAGAGAUUUAAAUGAAUUUAAAGUGGAUUUCCCCGGAAUAGAGGAAAUAUGUAUUUUAAAGGACUUGUUGAUUUAUCGCCAGUAUAGUAGACGAACUCACACGACACUGUUGUUUUUAGGUAGGGGAAGCUUUUUACAAAUGCGCAAGAGAAUAAAUAUAUUAUAUAUAAAUAUAUAUAUAUAUUAUACGUACCACUUAUAUACAAAGGAUUCUACAUUCCAUUCAAUGGACGUAAAUCGGGGUUCAAGGGAUUUACGUGGACAGACGCUGUUGACAAUGGCCAGCGUGAGCGCGAUCCGUGACCGUUCAAAUCUCUCGCGAAUCGUAGUUCUGAAAAUAUCACAUUUUUUGACAAACCGUUCUCUAUGUUGUAAGAAAUGAGCAAUUGUUAAAUUGCUAACUCUGGACACUCAUUUAUUUCUCUAAGACGUUGCGGCUUCAAUUCUCAUUAUAGAAUAUCAAAACAGCAUGCACUAAGAAAAAAAAGUUGUUAAUUAAAAUUUUCAAUUUGAUUAAAAUUUCUUCAAUUUAAGUAUGUAUGUAAUCAAGUUAAAUGUAUAAAGGCUUAAAUUAAAGUUCAAGUAUUUUAUGUAUUUGAGUUGAAUGCGUAAAUACUUGAACCGAAGAAAUUUAAUCAAGUUGAAAAAUUGAGUCAAUUUAACAACUUUUUUUUCUUAGUGUAUUAAUUAUAUAUCAUUUCAGUAGUUAUUACAAUAUAUUCUCGAAAAUAUUCGAUUCAAAUUAUUACAAUUUAUAUAUCCUAAAUUACGUAAUCAUAUUAGUUGAAUACAGCGAUUCAGUAAAUUAAGUUGAUGACAUAUCGAGUGUUAUAAUUCCAUCAAAUUUGAUUUCAAGUUUUCGUCGCUGCUUCAAUAUUAUUUUUAGGAAAUCCGAUUGGUCUUGUCACACUGAUUAUUAAUCGGAAUUUGAACGCGAAUGGAACGCCAAUUAACGCCUUGCUCGUCUGCGUGUACGGCGGAAUACAGUUCAAAAUUUUCCGUCAUAGCGGUAAUGAUCCCCGAUGAAGUUAACUCGCAUCCGAAAGCGCAUCGAGAAAGAGAGAGAGAAAAAGAGAGACGAGGCAAAGAGAAGAGUUUUACGCGAGUGAACUUGUAAAUAAUUCCACACGCGCUGCUAAAUAACGAAUUUAAAUAUUCGUUUUAGAGUGUACCAUACUAUAACCGGACCUAAGAAUCAUCGUAACGACCUAAUUAUCGUAACCAAUUCACGGAUUAGCCUUCGAACGAUGCUCGCGAUGCGCAUCAUUUAUUUUUUGCGUGACUCAAGAAAGCGCAUUAUAUGCACGCAUAUACAUAAAUAAAUAAAUAUAAAUAAAUAUAUAUAUAUACAUAUACAAUAUAUGGACAACCACACGCACGCAUGUCGAGCUAAUGAUGUGAACGUGUUCUUCCCUUCGAACGAAAUAGCUAAGCGCCUAAGUUAAUUGACGUGAAACUCGUUCUUACCUUGUAUGCAACCGUUGUUGAUAAUUUAGAGAGACCACCAAACGUUUCCAUCCCUGUCCCUUUCCGCGAACAAAAUGCUAAAGUGCGCCAUUAUAUGUAAACGAUAAAUAAAAUUGUUAAAAAAAAGCUGUAGCUAAAAUCUCGAAAGAAUAGCUUACAAAGAUAUUUUUAUCUCGUUCGAAAAAUUCGUGGGGGAGAUGGUGGAAACGCGAAGAGAGAGAGAGCUCUUCGUUUUUUCAGGGAAAAAUCGUCAAUUCUCAAUCUCGCGGUUCUCGCGGCAGUGACACGCGAACGGGCGGAGAAGGUGGUGGAAUAGGACAGGCUGGAAACGUUCGGCGGAUGUUUACGUGAUCACCGCCGGCGAUGCGCGAGCGGCGGAAACGCUUCCUUCCGGUCACGUAAACGUCGUCGAAAUAAGAUCAUGGCAGAGAGGCGCGAAAGGCCCCCUCGAGAUAUAUAUCACGUGGUAUGUAUGUACACUGGCACGUUCAACAACGCGCGUUUCUACCAAGCCCCUGAUAACGCGUGACGUUGAAAGACACCGUCGAAUUUCACUGUUUUCCUACCACCAAGAGAAACCGUAAUCCACUUUAGUUGCUGCGAGCGUCGUGACGUUAUUCGCUUGCCAACGUUGUGCUAAUCCCGCGGGAAAAAAAACGGGUUGAUUAGUACAAAUGUGCGUUUCGCGUGCAAAAAAAAAACGUAUAGCGAAUUUAUUCCAAUAUCGAACGCGAAAAUAAUUGUAUUAAUUAAUCAAGCGUAAGCUCGAGAACGCAGUAGAAGACUCAGCGUGUAGUCAGACACGAAAUGUAUCUACGGAAUUAAGCAUAACACGCUACGCAUUAAAAAAACUCUAAAAAAAACAAUAUAAAAAACAAUUUUAAAAAACGUAAAAAAAGCGAAAGAAACGUUUGUUGCAAAGAACCAAAAAAAAAAACGCUAAACUAGAAGUUGUUGGAAUAAAAUUGCACUGUUGGCAAUCGAACUUAAUGCAACUCGACUUAAGAAACGCUAUGUAAUAGUGAUCGCAAUAUAAUCCGCGAGUAUACUGGCGAAUGCCGCAAUAGUUACACAGAAGGAAACAACGAUUGCUCGCUUCCGUGAGGAGCGUCAAACGGGCGAUUGAUAAAACUACGCAACGUCCAACACAUUGAUCGCAACACAUAUCGAUCGUCGUUGUUAACAUCUCCGGAGACAAUGUACAGAAGGCUUGAUUCAAACUACGGGCUCAGUGACGCUUUGCAAUUGACUCAGUGUUAACAAACAGAUGCAUGUCCAACCUCAAUCAUGAAAAUUCAAUCUGGAAGACAUGAUGACUUAAACAUAUAAAAAGAGUAAAAAACGAAACACAUACUUUGGAUAGGUAAUUCGAUUUUUUUAUGUGUAAUAUACAUAAGAUUGAUAUCAUAAUGUAAGACUGCGUUUUUUAAUUUUAUAAGAUGAAUUUUAUAAUUUUUUCUUAAUUUUAUAAGACAAUUGCGUAAGUGAACUUAUGUUAAUCGAAUAGACAUAAUGAUAAAAUUUUGAAUUUAUAUGUAAAUUUUAUUAGAUAAUUAAUAUUCAUUAAAUAAGUAAAGCAAAGUCGUUAAUACCGACAUAGGUCUUCCAAAACAAUAUCUUAUUUUUCGGAAAUUAAACAUUGAAUUUUAUUAAUACUAAUAAAAAUACAAUCUUAGAUUAUUAAAGAAAUAAAAAUUCAUAAUUUCAAUUUUUUUAUAUAAAAUCUGAAAAAAAAACAAACUCUUUAAAACAAGAAUGAAAUUUACACAAUUUUUUUUUUUUUUUGAAAACUGCAUAUUUUGAACAACAGUGAAUGAUUGAUAAUAUUAUUUCAUUUUACACAUUUGUAGCGUUAUAAAAUUAUUGUAUUUAUUUUUCUUUUUCUUAUUUUUUUUAUAAUGCGAUUUUAAAAUUGGGAUGCCACGUAACCUGGCACACCUGUUAAUAAGACGGAUUAAAAUAAUAAAAAUUAUAUAGGAUAGAAUAAAAAGCACAACAGUAUGAAUCUAUUAAAUUAAUAAUCUAAUAUAAUCUUUAUAUAUUGUCGCGCUACUUGUUGCAUUUUGUGAAACAAAAUAUAAAAUAUUUGUAUAAAUCGACAAAAAACAUUUUACAUCGAAGUAAAAGGAUUCUAAGAAUCCUCAUGUAUAUUAAAUUUGUAAGUAUUUUAUACAGACGAUUCAUGUGAAAGAACAAGAAAAAGAAAAUGUAGCAUUAUCCCUUGCUAUAUUGGUUUUGGGAUUUAUUUUGUCAGACGCUCAUUGUUGCUUAUUUUAACUUGAUUAUCGUAAAAUUCAAAAUAUUAUGAAAACUGCUACAUUAUCUUAGACAAACUAGAAGACACUUUCUAGUUUAUAUACGAUCGUAUAUGUAUUCAAAGUUUUCAGUUCUUGAUUAAGAAACAUCUAAAAACAAAGUGGUAUGUCGGUAUCAGCGACCUUUCUGCAAUUAAUGCGUCUCUUAGUUUAAAAAUACGACAGAAUUAUAAUUGAGUAUAAAUAAUGUAGUAAUAAAGUACAUAUAUAAUAAUAUAUAGGAUUGUAUAAGUUAGCGUAAAAUUAUUUUCUUAUAGAUAUGUUAAGCGCGAAAGUAGCCUUACUUUUUCCGAGACACGUUUCAAUAUCUCAAUUCAAUUAAAUCCGUCCCUGAUAGUGUGAAUCAAGCCCCAUUCAUUUCAGCCCAUAUUGACAUCCGACAUUUAUCGCUAAAUGUGUAUCUAUUUGAAUGGUAAUAAGGCUGAUGGAAAGCCAUCUCUCUUCGUUAUAAAAUAAUAAACAAAAUAUUAAAACAUCCGUAUUUGGCGCUUAAAUGUGGAGGAUCAAUAUGCGGUCUAGAAAAUACGCUUACAUGAAAUUGCGGCGAACAUCCUCGGGUUUCUUCGACCCGCAUUCGAACAUUCUUUUUACGCAUACGUUGUAGUAUUUCAUGAAAAUUCUAAUUACUUCGUGAGGAGCCAGGAAUUGAUGUAAAACGCAAGGGAUAUAUUAAAGAAUACCUAAGAAUUGCCGCGCGGCUUUCCACAGUGUAAUUAAAAUCGUGAAAUACGACGCUCUUAUCGAUCAAUCGCGAUCGCUGUCCAAUUGAACCAUAUCCGCGAGCAACGCGAAUAUCAAUCGCGCGCAAUCUCCGUGCACAUAUCCCUCUCUUUUCGACACGCGAACUUUUGUCUUUUGGAAGGUUUUUUAUCCUCCCCUUUUAUCUUAUCGUCGAACAUAUCGAACUAUAUCUUCAAACGAGAACCGAGAGACUCAACGGAGAAAAAGGCAAUUGUUAAACAUCUUUAUCCCAUCGCAAUUUUUGCUCACAUUUAUAAUCGGAGACGAGGUAGAGGGGAAAAACUGAGAAGAAAGACUAUAAAUGCGCUUCUCGAGACUCGACUUGUACACUUGUUACGAAUUAUAUAUCUAGAAAUUUUUGAUAUUCUUAAAGAUACGUUUCUACUUUUUUACUUUUUUUCUCUUGGAUCUAUUUAGUUUUUCAAGUAGUAUAUAAAUUACAAAAAAAAUGUUGAAAUUAUAAUAAUGCGUGAUAAAUAUUUAUAGUGAAACUUUUUUAGCAAACUUAUUUAGUAAAACAAAAUUGCGCUUUGACCGAGUCGAAGGAAGACGCGGACGGGAAGAAAGGAGACACAUGUUGUUGGCUUCCGUUGCAAUAUACGACUAACGCUACUGCCAGUAUAGAGAUAGAGACCCUACGAUCGAUGUUUUUUCUCGGAAGGCGUGUACAUUUUUUGAUGAUCGAAAUAUAUUCGCGCAUCAUCGAGUGUUAUAUCGAACUUAUUGCCUUCGAAAGUGCGAAAGAAUCCGCCUCCUAUUCUCACUGCUUGUUCAGCAUUAGAGAUGACAAUUAGCCAGUACGACGAAAUCUAAAUGUUCACGAUUCACGAGCUUUAUCGAGCUCGACAGGAGAAUUCAUGGCGAAAUUCAGUCAGAGGCUCUGAAUGUACAAUGAGAAUACGAGGCUUUGGUCUGUCCUGCAACACGUUGAAGAAGCUUUAUCGAAAGCUUCCACUUGGACGGACAUAAAAUAUCCCAUUUUAGCGUCGUCGCACAUCUUUUCCGCGCGAGAGAUAUACGCGGCAGGACGCCCUUCUUAAUUAAUUAAUUUUUCUUUUUUACUUUGAUAUCGUCUUUACUAAGAUCACCUGGCGUUCGCUGACCUAAAGUAAUCGAGCUACACUGUGUAACAAAGUGCGCGUUGUAAAGUGACUGUAUAUACAAAUAUAAAUUAUGCGAUUA